AGAGAGUGAGGCGCGGGAUGCUGAAUCCAUCAAAGCAAGCGCCAGCUCGGCGUGGACCCGACACAGCCACAAUUCCAGCACACAUACGGAACACUGACAACAAUAUCGGGAUGGAGAGCGGGCACUUGUAUUGUGUUGGUUGAGAGCCAGCUCCGAUAUGCUACACUAACUCCAGCUUCCUGUCAAAUUGCUGCUCAGUCAGGGAUGUAGCCCAUUCCUGGGUUUCAAAGGCGCUUCAUCAUACGGUUCCGCUUGCCGGGUUGUUUGUUGCAACGUCUGUCACCUAUAAGCGGCGCAGUUCCCAUUACGGCUUUCGCAUAUUCACUUUGAUGUCACCGAUAUGUCAAGAUGCCGCCAGCAAGAGACCAAAGCAGUGGCGUGAGAAGUAAUGGGACACAGUAAGGCCUUGGCUAUGAUAAGAAAUCCCUGCAUCGUUUUUCAAUCACAGUACCAGAUAGUAAAAAAGUCCAUUAUUUUGAAUUGAUGCCCUAUGUGAGGGGGAGGCAGCCUCCAGCUGUACCUCCCAGUCCAAGACACCCCAUGGAGGACUGGUCUCUGUGUUUCGGAUGCUGCCAGCACUGGUAAAUCCACCAACGUGAACAGCGAUGCCUUCUAAGGUCUCCUGUUUGUACUUGCUGACUGUGGUUUGCUGGGCCAGUGCUCUGUGGUACCUGAGUGUGACCCGCCCGUCCACCUCCUAUGUGGGCCAGAUGAACAUCCCGAUCCGCAAGGUGCCCAAGCUGAACAAGAACACCACCUUCAGCAACUACCGCACGCGGUCGCUCAAUCCACACGACUUCGGCUACAUCAUCAAUGAGGCCAAGAAGUGCCAGGCCGAGCCCCCGUUUCUUGUCAUCCUGAUAAGCACCACCCACAAGGAGUUUGACGCACGCCAGGCCAUCAGAGAGACGUGGGGUGAUGAAAGUACUUUUUCAGACGUGCGUGUGGUCACACUGUUCUUGUUGGGGCGCAGCACGGAUGGCGUCCUCAACCAGAUGGUAGAACAGGAAAGCCAGAUCUUUCAUGACGUCGUAGUUGAAGAUUUCAUUGACUCUUACCACAACCUGACUCUCAAGACACUGAUGGGCAUGCGCUGGGUGGCCACGUAUUGCUCUAAAGCCCAGUAUGUUCUCAAGACAGACAGUGACAUCUUUGUCAACAUGGAGAACCUCAUCUACAACCUACUGAAGCCCACCACCAAGCCCAGGAGGAGGUAUUUCACCGGUUAUGUCAUCAAUGGUGGGCCAAUCAGAGACAUGCGGAGCAAAUGGUACAUGCCAAGAGAUUUGUACCCAGACAGCAAGUACCCGCCAUUCUGCUCUGGCACCGGCUACAUUUUCUCAGCGGAUGUGGCCGAGCUCAUAUACCAAACCUCGCUGCACACCAGGCUGCUGCACCUGGAGGACGUGUAUGUGGGCGUGUGCUUGCGUAAGCUGGGCAUCCACCCCUUCCAGAACAGCGGUUUCAACCACUGGAAAAUGGCUUACAGCCUCUGCCGCUACCGCCGGGUGGUCACAGUCCACCAGAUCUCCCCAGAAGAGAUGCACCGCAUAUGGAACGACAUGACCAGCAAGAAACACCUUAAAUGUUAGCAGGAUCUGCACCAGCCCGACUCUGUGAGUCAGGGUGCAAUUGAUUGACCUUCUACACACCGCUUUUCCAACUAUGGCAAACACUGUACAGCACAAAGCAUCGUGCUGAAAGCGGAGUAUUGACGGACCAUUCAGUGCUUUGUCCAAAAGCUGAUUGCUUUGCCAGGAGUUUUAUUAGCACAAGGCCAAAACAUGCUUGUCUGUAUCCUCCCUCAUUUGAAGUAUAUAUACAAUAUAUACAAUAUCCACAGACAUUAUUUUAAGCGUUUUCAAGUGCGUCUGGCCUUGCACACUCACUCUUAUGGCAUAAAGACACUUUGUGCAAAACCAUUUGGUUUGAUUUAAAAUUCUACUAAUGAAUGUUCAUGAUGCAUAUUUUGUUCUACUAAAGCCAUGUUUGCACCAAGUGUCAGGUUUAUCUGUUUGUUGGCCACCGACUACAAAUCAAGCGUUUACAGUGGAGUGAAAAGGUGUUUGCCCCUUUCCUGGUGUCUUAUUUUUUGCAUGUUUGUCACACGUGUUUCAGAUCAUCAAAAAAAUGUAAAUAUUACUCAAUGACAACACAACAGAACACAAAAUGCGGUUUUUAAAAGAAACUUUUUAUUAAGGGAGAAAAAAAAUCCAAACCUACAUAGCCCUGUAUAAAAAAGUGUUUUCCCCCUCGUUAAAAAAUAAAUUAACUGAGAUUAAUCAAGAUCUAUCAGUCUGGAAAAGGUUAUAAAACCAUUUCUAAAGCGUUGGGACUCCAGCGAACCACAGUGAAAGACAUUAUCCACAAAUGGCGAAAACAUGGUGAACCUUGGUGGUGGUAGUGUGAUGGUCUGGGGCUAUGUUGCUGCUUCAGGACCUGGAAGACUUGCUGUGAUAAAUGGAGCCAUGAAUUCUGCUGUCUACCAAAAUAUCCUGAAGGAGAAUGUCCGGCCAUCUGUUUGUGACCUGAAGCUGAAACCAACUUGGGUUCUGCAGCAGGACAAUGAUCCAAAACACACCAGCAAGUCCACCUCUGAAUGGCUGAAGAAAAACAAUAUGAAGACUUUGGAGUGGCCUAGUCAAAGUCCUGACCUGCUGCUUCAGGACCUGGAAGACUUGCUGUGAUACAUGAAACCAUGAAUUCUGCUGUCUACCAAAGGAGGAUGGAAAGGAGGAAGGAGAAUGUCCAGCUACCUGAAUCCUAUUGAGAUGCUGUGGCAUGACCUUAAAAAGGCGCUUCAUGCUGGAAAACCCUCCAAUGUGACUGAAUUACAACAAUUCUGCAAAGAUGAGUGGGGCAAAAUUCCUCCACAGCGCUGUAAGAGACUCAUUGCAAGUUAUCACAAACGCUUGAUUGCAGUUGUUGCUGCUAAGGGUGGCCCAACCACUUAUUAGGUUUAGGGUGCAAUCACUUUUUCACACAGGGCCAUGUAGGUUUGGAUUCUUUUCUCCCUUAAUAACAAAAGGUUUCAUUUAAAAACUGCAUUUUGUGUUCAGUUGUGUUCUCAUUGACUAAUACAGUAUAUUUGUUUGAUGUAUUGAAACAUCAAACAAGUGUGAAAAACAUGCUAAAAAAUAAGAAAUCGGGGGGGGGGCAAACACUUUUUCACACCACUGGAUGUACCCAUGUCACUGAAGUUAGUAACCCAACAAAAAUAUGCCAAAAGUUGUACGGUACAGAGUUUGUACCUUUUCUUCAGCUGACAGGCAAAAAAAAAAAAGUGGUGGAAACGGUGCUGUGGCAGUAGAGCAACAUGUGGGUACCACGAUGACUUUACAGUCCUUUAUACAUAAAAAUGAUGUAUGAACAAGCCGUUUGCAUAUGUAUGAUGUAAAAUGUCCAAGCAUACAGUAUUUUCUUACAACUGAUCCAUAUCUUUUUAUUGUGUGUCAAGGUAAAAAAGAACCUGCUGCUUUAAUUACCUGUGAAUCUUAUUUGUUUUAACGUGUACUGUGCAGCAGAAUAUGUUCUAUUACUUGAACAUGAAUUAAAACAGAUGAACUGUCAAAGCAGUGGAAGUGUGUACUGAAAAAAAAAAUACUUUUUGGAGCGCUAGGUUAAAUAAAACCAUUUUAUAAGACUUUAGAUUUGCAUUUUGUUACUUUUAAUAUGAACAAUUUCUAUGUUACUCUUUAAAGUGCAUUUAAUACAAUGAAAUAUUAUGAAGACCGGGUGGUUGCACAAUUGUUUGAAGGUGUUUCUUUUAUUAUUUGUUUAUGAAGUACUUGUACAUGUGGCUCUAUACUUUUCCAUGAAAAAUUCCGAUAAGAGCUUGUGUGUAUAUAUAAUCAUUCAUUCAUUCCGCAGAGCAUAAAAAGAUCUUCACUGCAUUUGACUUACUGCUCUCCAGCUGGUGCUGCUGCUGUCAAAAAAAACAAACCAGCUGGCGUUUCCCUUCUAUAGACGGACGGCGGUGAAAAGCACCUUCCAGAUGACGCGCGCCCCCGCCCCUUCAGGUGGAGUACAGUGCUUCAUUCACAUAUGACAUUUCUAUGUAUUUUACAGUCCGGUUAGCAAGAAUAAUGAUGGCACACUUACAUUAAAGACAUUAAACAAGAUGUAGAAAGUCAUGGUGUAUAAUAAAUGUUUCUGUAACAUUAGAUUAUUGGCGACAUGCUGACAACACAAACUGGCAAGUACCAUGAUCCGACUCGGAGUACACUGAAUCACUCAGUGAGUGCACACAGACGGUAGGCGGGGCUUGCGCACUAAGCCGAGAAGAGGCGCUCUGAAGAUUUCCGUCCUGUAUUUGAUCAGGAAAUGUGCUAAUUCAGUGGUUUACUCAAUUCAAUGUUAAAAACAAUUGGAAUCAUACAUAAAAUACAUUUCUAAUACACUUCGAUGGACAAAUAUGAAUGUUUUAUUUUAUGUGAUCAUUUUUUUAUUGCCUCCCCUGCCUGCACAUCACUGUU